UUCUUUGAGAGUGAAAGAGAGUUUUGCAGAGAGAGAGAGAGAGAGUGUUUUCUUGGAGUGUAAUGAUGUGGAGGAGAGGGAAAAUACUGGGAAAGGGAGGUUCUGCAAUGGUGUAUGUGGCUGCAGUUGUUUUACCCACAAGAAGUAAUGAUCUACUACCUUCUCUCAUGGCUGUCAAAUCUGCCCCAUUCUACAAGUCUCGCUGCCUUGCCAAGGAAGAAAGGUUGUUGAGUGACUUUGCAGAUUGUCCUCACAUUAUCCGCUGUUUCGGGGAAGACCUUACGAUCGAAGAAGAUGGAGAGCAAUGGUACAACAUCUUGUUGGAGUACGCGGCUGGUGGCAGUUUGGCCGAUCGUAUUCAGAGUUUUGGCAGAGGAUUGCCUGAGAGCGAAGUCAGGCGUUUCACAAAAUCUCUACUUAUGGGUCUCAGUUACAUUCACAAGAAGGGUUAUGUUCACUGUGAUAUCAAGCCUCAUAAUAUAUUGCUUGUGGAGGAAAAUGAUGACUUUUCAAUGAGUUUGAACGGAAAGGAGAAAAGGGUUCAAGAAAGUACUGCAAAGAUUGCUGAUUUUGGGCUUGCAAAGAGGGCCGGAAAGAAACUGAAAGAAAAAGAAAACAAGCCGAGACUGAGGGGCACUGCUCUGUAUAUGGCCCCGGAAUCGAUUCUGCGUGAAGAAUAUGAACCGCAUGUAGAUAUUUGGGCAGUCGGGUGCACAGUAUUACAAAUGCUGACU